AUGCACCGCACAACCCCGCUCAGCACCCAGCUCUACACCCAGCUCUUCCCCACCCCGACGCCCACCGACCCCCCAACCUUCACCGCGCACCUCACAAAACACCUCAUCCCCGAAGUGCGCAUCGAGACCGCGACCUUCUACGGCAGCCUCGACAGCACCGAAGCGCGGUACCCCGGGCUCAACUACACCUUCCCGCCGCACCGCAAGCGGCUCGGCCGCUUCGAGCACCACGCGCGGCUGUUCGCGGCGUUUGACACGCUCGGGUGGACGGAGAGCGAGGUGCUGGGGUUUUGCAAGUGGGAGGGCACGGCGUGGGCUAGGGAGCGGUUUGAGCGGGACGAGGGGGUCGUGGUGAGGGAUACGACGGGGGAGGAGAUUGGGGAGUGGGUUCCGCGGAGGCUGAGGAGGGGGCAGGGCGAGGGGGACAUUAGGGUCAAGACGGAUAUCGAGGUUGAGAUUGAGGAGGCUGGGGAGCAGGAGGACGGGGAGGGCGAGCCGAUGGAGGAAGAUGCGGAGGGGAUGGGUUUGAUGGCCGAGGUCGAUGCGGUGGAGGAUGAUACCGAUAGUGAUGAGGACGAGCUGCAGAGUAUUGGAUACCCGCUGAAUCAGCAGCUGUUGCGGGCCGCGAGGUUGCAGGGCCAGGCCGCGCCGACGGACCCGGAGUGGGAGCAGCUGCUCAAGGAGGCGCAGGAGAGGGGCGUCUUUCUUGGGGAUGUGUCUAGCGCGUUUGCGGCGAGGGCGCUGAGGACGGCCAUGAGAGUGGAUGCUACGGCGGCGGGUGCGGCGGCGGCAGCAGCGAUGAGUCCAGGGGUUGCGCAGCUGUAG